AUGUCCGGGGUUGAACCCGAAAUCAGCUUCUGUAGUGCAUUUAAUUUCUGUGUAUUGAUUCGUCGGAAAGUUAUUCAGCUCAGCUCCCUACUCCGCAUAAAACAUUGCAUUGCGGAGAUAGAUAAGAGAAUGAGCUUGAAGGGCCUUUUUCACUUGGUCGAGAUCCUUAAACACCGACGCAGAAAAGACGACCAAGUUCAUAGUGCGACGCCAGUCACUGUAGUGGCUUCUAGCUUGCCUCAAAUUCCUUCUAGAAGAGUUCUUCACGUGCAACCGAGGCAGUGGACGCAGGUUAGAACUUUGGGAAUUUUGGAAAUCAUUGAGAUCUAUGCAACUUUGGGAAAGACACAGAUGUAUGGCUUUUGGGAAAGCGACAAGGAUUUGUGGAAAAGGGUUAAAUCACGAGCUCGUGGGGUUAGUGCUAAGCUAUAUCUCUCCGCACUGUUGCCCCCACCAUCCACUGUAACUGCCACUCUGCCAAAACACCGGCGCCUGAGCUCCCAAACCAUACACUGGUGCGUCCAGAAACCGCACCAGUAUUACGAGAUAUUCAGUUUCGAAUUCCCUAACGAGCGUCCGCCAAAUAUUCAAGAAGGGAUGCCACCAGUAUGGAUGGAUGCGACUAUGAGACCUUACAGGUAUGCAUACUAUUGCUUAUACCCUGUAAGGCUCUUUAGUCACAUCCAUACUCGUGGCAUCCUCCGCAGUACCCUGAGGAAACGUGCAUCCCCCGAAACCUUAUUUCCUCAGGGGCUAAAGAACUGA